CCUGUUUACCCAGAGCAGGUUAGAGAGGGAGGCUGUGUGGAGACUGUGGAUGGACAGGCAGGGACAGAGCAAGACCCUGCAGCAAAGAGAGCUGAUUUGUCAAAAGGAGAGUGGUUAAAACAACAGCAUAAUAAGAUGGGGAGUUACAGACGUGGAGGCAGUCUGCGGAACAGACCUAGAUUGAGCUACACUGAGGAAGACGAGCCAAAGGAUGAAGAUUACCUGUACUGCGAGGACUGCGAGUCUUUCUACAUUGAUGAGUGUGGGGUCCACGGCCCCCCAAACCUCAUCCCUGACACCCCAGCUCCAGUAGGGGUCCCAGACCGAGCCAGGCUCACCCUGCCACCCGGCUUGGAGGUCAGAACAUCCAACAUCCCACAUGCUGGUCUGGGGGUGUUCAACCAGGGCCAGGCGGUACCCACAGGGGCCCAUUUUGGCCCCUAUGAGGGGGAGGUGACCGACAAGGACGAGGCCAUAGAGAGCGGAUACUCCUGGGUGAUAUACAAGAGUCGGCACACAGAUGAGUACGUCGACGCCAAGAGAGAAACUCACUCCAACUGGAUGAGGUAUGUGAACUGUGCUCGUGAUGGUGAGGAGCAGAACCUGGUGGCGUUUCAGUACAGAGGGGGGAUUUUGUACCGCUGCUGCAAGCCAAUGGUCCCAGGAGAGGAGCUGCUCGUCUGGUAUGGAGAGGACUACGCCAGAGACCUGGGCAUCAGCUUCGACUACCUGUGGGACAUCAAGAGCAGCGGCCAAGAGGUGGCAGCGUCUCAGGUGUUCUCCUGCUCCCUGUGUCCGUUCGCCUACACGGCUCAACUCUACCUGCACAAGCACAUCAAGAGGUGCCACGUGGACGAGUACGUGCGCCUGCUGAGGUCUGGGGAGAUCCGAUCAGAGACACUGGCACCCUCCACAAUCAGCGGCAGCAACCACAACACACAACACAACUCAGCAACCAGUGAAGUUUCACAUCCCCAUUCAAAACAGAAAGGACCAAUUGACCAGAGAGGUCACCCCUGCGCUCAGUGUGGCAAGAGCUUCACUACAGAGGGAAAUCUCAAACGACACCAGCGCACUCACACAGGAGAGAGGCCGUACCACUGCACUCAGUGUGGCAAGAGCUUUACACAAGAGGGACAUCUCAAACUACACCAGCGCACUCACACAGGAGAGAGGCCGUACCACUGCACUCAGUGUGGCAAGAGCUUCACUACAGAGGGAGAUCUCAAACGACACCAGCGCACUCACACAGGAGAGAGGCCGUACCACUGCACUCAGUGUGGCAAGAGCUUCACUAAAGGGAGUAAUUUCAAACAACACCAGCGCACUCACACAGGAGAGAGGCCGUACCACUGCACUCAGUGUGGCCAGAGCUUCACACGAGACGGAAGUCUCAAACGACACCAGCGCACUCACACAGGAGAGAGGCCGUACCACUGCACUCAGUGUGGCAAGAGCUUCACUACAGAGGCACAUCUCAAACGACACCAGCGCACUCACACAGGAGAGAGGCCGUACCACUGCACUCAGUGUGGCAAGAGCUUCACUUGUUCAAGGUCAUUAAAGACACAUCAGUGCACUCACUGGAAAGAGCAUUAACUUUACUCUUGGUUAAACAAGAUGUUUUUUGAGAAAAAACGUCUUAUUUCCAGAAAGAACAGUACCAGCAUUACCAACGGUAAUGAUAACAAAUGAUUUAUUUUUUCCAAUUAUUUUCUUAGUUUGAGAACAUACACAGUUUUAAAGAAUUUGAA